AGUCUUGCUUCCGGAUUGUCCAAAGUGAAGAUUUUUAAAUAGUCUUACAUGGAUAAGUUUUUGUUUACCGAGCAAUUAAGGUUGUCAGCUUGCCUGCAUUUUAUAUUUAUCUAGCUAUUUGUAGGGUAGACGUUUAGAUCAGAAAAAAAUACAACUUAAACUGUGGGAGGGAAGCUGGAAUUGCAUCUGUUCACGCAGGGAUUGUCGGUUUCUGCAUAACAGGCUGAUGAGGUAUGGGGAAACCGAGUCUCCUCCCUUCUCAGUGCAAGUGAACGUGACCUACGUGUGAGCAGCAACGGGUGAUAUGAAAGCAAACCAUGCUAAGCUAUGGCUCCAAACAGGCAUUAUAUAAUUUAUACAGGAGUUGUCAAAACUGUUAAGCUUGCGGUCCGCAGUUGGCCAACUCCCCUACUGUGAUUGUGAUGGUUGGACUACCAGCACGUGGCAAGACUUACAUCUCUAAAAAACUUACACGCUACCUCAACUGGGCUGGCGUGCCAACAAAAGUAUUUAAUGUUGGAGAGUACCGUCGGGAGGCAGUGAAGCAGUACAGCUCCUAUGAAUUCUUCCGUCCAGAUAAUGAAGUGGCUAUGAAAGUCCGAAAGCAAUGUGCCUUAGCCGCAUUGACUGAUGUUGAGGUUUACCUUAAAGAAGAAGGUGGCCAGAUAGCUGUGUUUGAUGCCACUAAUACAACAAGAGACAGAAGGGACAUGAUCUUAAGCUUUGUGAAAGAGAAUGGAUUUAAAGUGUUUUUUAUAGAGUCUGUGUGUGAUGAUCCAAACGUCAUUGCUACUAAUAUCAUGGAAGUUAAACUGUCCUGUCCAGAUUACCAGGGCUGCAACGUCAGUGAUGCUAUGGAAGACUUUUUGAAGAGAAUUAGUUGCUAUAAAAAUUCCUACCAGCCUCUGGAACCUGAUGGCUAUGACAAAGACCUUUCUUUCAUCAAAGUUAUAGACGUUGGACGUCAGUUUUUGGUUAACAGAGUGCAAGAUCAUAUCCAAAGUAAAAUAGUCUAUUACCUGAUGAAUAUUCACGUCCAGCCGCGCACCAUCUAUUUGUGUCGACAUGGAGAAUCGGAGUACAACAUCAAGGGGCGCAUUGGAGGCGACUCUGGCCUUUCAUCAAGAGGCAAAAAGUUUGCGAUGGCCUUAUCCAAGUUUCUUGAUGAGCAAAACCUGAAGGACUUGAAGGUGUGGACUAGCCAGCUGAAAAGAACCAUUCAGACAGCUGAGGCACUGAAGAUGCCAUAUGAACAGUGGAAAGCGUUAAAUGAAAUUGAUGCUGGUGUUUGUGAAGAUAUGACUUAUGAAGAAAUCAAGGAGAAAUUCCCUGAGGAAUAUGAGCUCCGAGAACAAGACAAGUACUAUUAUCGAUAUCCAUCGGGGGAGUCUUACCAGGAUUUGGUGCAACGCUUGGAGCCAGUCAUCAUGGAACUGGAAAGGCAGGGGAACGUUCUUGUAGUUUGUCACCAAGCAGUUAUGAGGUGUUUACUGGCAUACUUCCUUGACAAAAGUGCUGAUGAAAUGCCUUAUCUGAAGUGUCCACUUCACACCGUGUUAAAACUCACACCAGUUGCAUAUGGGUGCAAAGUAGAAUCAGUCUUCCUAAACAUAGAAGCGGUGAACACACACAGAGACAGGACAGAGGAAGGAAAGAAAGGUCCUAGUCCACUCAUGAGACGUAAUAGCAUUACACCAUUUGCAAGCCCAGAGCCUCUCAAAAAGCCAAGAAUGGGCAGCUUUGAUGAAUUCUCUGCAAGCUCUUCAGUAGAUGCAUCAGUCAGCAUGCCCUCUGAGAUGCCCACUUCAUUAUCUGCUCAACCUCAUUUAGCCAGAGCUUGCCUACGAGCUGUUUUUCAUUAUCUCAAAAUGUUCCCCUUAUUAAUACUUCGAAGAACGUGAGAGAACUCCCAGUGCUUUGAAUCUUCAGAGAAGGCAGAAAGCUGGAACUGACAUGGCAUCCCAUUCACAUUUCAAAUCCCGUUGCAGUUUCACCAGCAGCACUAAUAUAAAUCAAGAGGAGGUGGUGUGAUGGUGAUUUCUUCCAUUUCUCAGCUUGCAUCCAUACAAUGAGCAAAUUAAAUAAAUGUGGACUGAGAUGUAGCCACAGGGCUCUGGAGAACGUGCCCCCCGACAUCCCCAGUUGUAACAAGAAGUAGGUGCUUCUGGCACUCUCUGCAUCUUUUACUGCUUUUUGUAAAAUACUUAAUCUCUUUCUGGGGAUGAAAUUGUUGGGCAUUUAUGUUUUGUAUGUUGAAUAGAGGUAAACCAGUGUAGUCCUCUUCUGCACUUCCUGAUUUUUUCCCCUUGCUGCAGUAAAAUGUUAACGCACACUACCUAGCAACUAAUAUGGAGGUUUUGUAAGCCCGAUCUCUUGAUAAUGUAUGAAAUGUUACUAGAACGUGGAAAUUUUAGAGUUGGAGCAUAUGGCAACCGCUACUGCCCACAUAGUGGGAAGACCACCUUUGUGAUGUUUUUUAACGCAUCACUUUGAUGUCAUCCUUCACACAGCAUGACUGUACUCCAGUGAUGAAUGUGUAACUGUUUUAUUUAUAUUUUAACAUGGGUACUGCCCUGGUCUUGGGGUGCAGUGGUUUCUGAGUUGUGGUUGUCACUUUGAAAGGAAGUGUGAGACUAGGUUAAGAAAAAGUGGGUGUUUUUUUUUUUUUUAACUGCUGCUUGUUUGCACUUUAAAUCCCAGAUAGCUAUUUGCUUAAAACUGCACUUUAUAGUACAGGCACAGAUGCUGGUAAUAGUGUAUAUUGUGUGAUGCACUGAUGCUGUUAGUACUGAAUCGUGUGACGCACGGAUACUGGUAGUACUGUAUCGUGUGACGUACGCAAAAGAUUAGAUUGAUGCUCCUCUUAAUGUAGCAAGAAGCUAAUGGAGAUUUUUGACAUCAGUGCAGAUAUACCUUACGUUUAACUAAUUCAUGGACUCUUACACCAAAGCGGUGUACUUUUUGGCAUGAUGGCCUUUUUAAGUGCUUUUCAUAUUUAGACCUAUUAGGUGCCUCUGUUUCUGCUUAUCAGCAGGAGAGUUUUACUGAUGGCUCACAUGCUCCAUACAUUUUUUCAGAGGGAGGGAUACCUUUGUGCUUGCUAGGCUCUUAGAUUGCAUCAUUUUUGACUAGGUCAUUGGCAAUAUUUGCACUGUUAGGAAAUAUUGUCUGUGGUAUAUUAGAUAACAGUGCUGUAUUUGAAAGAGCUGUAUUGUUAGUCAUUCAGUUUCUCUCCGGAUGGGUAUUUUUCUGUGCAGUUGGGUUGCUUUUGGAUGGAGAGCACUUGUAGAACACUUCCCAUCUGAAUAGAAUGUUGGUGAUCAGAAACUCUGAGACCUUUUUGGACAUGUCUGCAGAAUGAAGGGAUUGCAUAUGUGUUGACAAAAAAAAAAAAAAUGCAGUAAUGUUUAAUUUGUAGUGUUGACUGAACUAUGACCUGGUUCAUUUAAAAUGGUUUGCAGAAGAUGGACUUUGAUUUCUGUAAAGGGAUUAUUUUGUUGCAAUAUACAUGGUCAUAAAAUAAUUUGAUUUAGAACUAACCCCCCCCCUUAUUUUUUUUUUCAUUCAAAGAGAUCAACCAGAGUGCCUAGUGUUUAGUCUUGCAUGAGGGAAAAUCAUGUAAACUUUGCACCAUGUUAAGAGCUUUUCAGCAUUUGUCUUUCCAGUGCAAUAUUUACUAACACGUUGACUGUGUGGAACUUGCACUCUUUGAAUGGUGAUCUUUUGUGUAAUCGAAUGAAUGUUUUGUCUGUAUACAGUUACGUUUUAUGUAUACUGUUGUAAUUGGGACUUAUGAUCAGCCAAUUUGUGGACCCAAUGCAAGUUUGAUAUAAAUAAGGGAGUCUCUGUAGUCUUGGCCUUCAGUGCAGAAAUAUUUUUGUCGAGUAGCUUUUGUACUGUGCAUAACGUGACCAUGAGCUAAGUGUGCACAGAAGAGCAAGAGCUUGCCUGAAUUUUUCUUUCUCUUUUGACAAGUUUCACAGAUCAAGCUGUUCGUAAUGAAAUGUUAAGCAGCAGCUUUGUUUUCAUCUGUAGUACGUUUUUAAAAGUUCCAAAUCUGACUAAAGGAAAUGUGUGCAAGUCGCUGUUCAAAGACAGUUUUAUUUAAUACUUGAAUAUUUUCUUUUUAAUUAUUAUUGUAGUUCUGUAAGUGACAUAUUUAUUUAUUUAAUGUAUAUUGUAGAGCUUGAGAGGCAGAUUUGAUUUUUAUGUCAUUUGUAUUUUUCUGUACACAUUUAAAAAUGCCUAAGCUGAAAAAGAAAAAAAUUCCAAAGUCUGUAUAUUUUGCAUUUGCUGGACCAAUAAAUUUUUACUGAAAUAA